AUGACUCAAAAAGAAAGACUUGCCGAAUUGGAGCGGGAUGCCCAAGAGUCGUAUUCGUUUUUGGUAUCUGAUGAGAAGUCAUCGACAUUCCGCAGUCAGGAGGAGUUCAAAGAAUUUAAGCAAUCUCCAGUAGAAAAGACACCAGUGAAGCCAUGGGUCCAUUUUGUAGCUGGUGGUAUCGGGGGAAUGGUCGGUGCCAUAGUAACGUGCCCUUUAGAUGUGGUGAAAACGAGAUUGCAAUCAGACGUCUACCAUGCCAUGUACAACAAGACACCUAAGUCUGCGAACCCUGUAAUCAAGAUGUUUCAGCAUUUGAAGGAAACAGGCUCCGUUAUUAGGGAAUUGUAUGUGAGCGAAGGUUCUAGGGCCUUGUUCAAAGGUUUGGGACCAAAUUUGGUCGGUGUGAUACCUGCUCGUUCUAUCAACUUCUUCACAUACGGCUCUACCAAAGAGUUCUUGACCAGCAACUUCAACCAGGGCCAGGAAGCCACCUGGAUUCAUUUGGCAGCCGGUAUAAACGCCGGUUUUGUCACCUCGACAGCUACCAAUCCAAUCUGGUUGAUCAAGACCAGAUUACAGUUGGACAAAACUAAGGGCAAACACUAUAAAAGCUCUUGGGAUUGCCUCACUCAUGUGAUCAAGCACGAAGGAUUCAGUGGCCUUUACAAGGGUUUGAGUGCUUCAUAUUUGGGAGGUGUAGAAUCGACGUUGCAAUGGGUGUUGUACGAACAGAUGCGGAUGUUUAUCCACAGAAGAUCGUUGGCUCUACAUGGAGAUGAUCCUAGUAGUAAAACUACUAGAGACCACAUCAUAGAAUGGUCUGCCCGAUCUGGUGCUGCCGGUGCUGCCAAGUUCAUAGCAUCUUUAAUUACGUAUCCUCAUGAAGUGGUCAGAACUCGUUUGAGACAAGCUCCGUUGGAGUCCACAGGUAAGCCGAAGUACACGGGCUUGAUCCAAUGCUUCAAAUUGGUGUUGAAGGAAGAGGGUCUUGCCAGCAUGUAUGGAGGUUUGACUCCACACUUGUUGAGAACAGUGCCCAACUCCAUCAUCAUGUUUGGCACCUGGGAGCUUGUAGUUCGUUUAUUGUCAUGAGCAUUUGAGAGACAUGUUGCUCUUUCUAACGUAAUAUCUUGUACAUAUUUGCUUGGGUUCGUUCUUCAUGAAGGUUGGUUUUGUUAUAUAUAUCUAUAUAUAUCUAUCGUUUCUUGUUCAUAAGAGAUUAUCAUCUCUUUGUAUAUAAUUCAUACAAGUUUCGGUUUCUUCGACUGUUUUUCUGUUA